AAAAGUUUAUAUUGAAAGUUACACCAAACACACGAUUUUGUUUUUUAAAUUGAGGAAUAUGAGAGGUGACAAUUACCACUUAACCAACCAAAACACUAGAUCCACUUUGAUUCCAAAUACAAUUGGAAAAAAAUCAACCAAAUCAUAUUCAUCAUGUUUUCCGAUCAAAAUCUCUAUCAUUACAGUCUCCUUUCUCUCUUCCUAAUCGGUCCCCCAACUUUCUUCGCCUGCUUAUUCCUUACCGCCCCUUACGGUAAACACCUCCGCCCCGGUUGGGGCCCAACCAUUGCACCACCCUUAGCUUGGUUCCUUAUGGAGAGUCCCACUCUCUGGCUCACUCUACUUCUCUUCCCUCUCGGUAAAAAUCGAAGCAAUCCACUAUCUCUUGUUCUCAUCUCUCCGUACAUUUUGCAUUACACAAAUCGUACGUUGAUUUAUCCGAUUAAACUCUACUUGAAUGCAUGUCGCGGGAAAACGAAUAAUGGCAGUAGUGAUUUUCCACUGAUUGUUGCGCUUUUAGCGUUUGUGUUUAAUCUAUUGAACGCUUAUGUACAAGUGAGAUGGGUGUCACACUAUGCUGAUUGUUAUAGUAAUGACUGGUUUUGGUUUCGUUAUGCAUCUGGGUUGGCGGUUUUUGUCGGCGGCAUGGCGGCGAAUGUUUGGGCUGAUAGGGUUUUACUGGGCUUAAAGAGCGAAGGGGUGGGGUAUAAGGUGCCAAGAGGUGGGCUUUUUGAGUAUGUGAGUUGUCCUAAUUAUUUGGGGGAGAUAGUUGAAUGGUUGGGCUGGGCUUUGAUGACAUGGUCUUGGGCUGGGCUUGGAUUUUUCUUGUAUACUUUUGCUAAUUUAGUUCCUAGAGCUAGAUUUAAUCACGAAUGGUAUUUGAAGAAAUUUGGCGAAGAUUAUCCUAGGAAAAGAAAAGCUGUUAUUCCAUUCGUAUAUUGAGUUCUUUUGAAGUUUAUGUGAUUUUGUAAUGUAAUAAUGGGUUCUGUUGACGUUGUUAUUUUUGGACUAUAUGUCUGACGUUAAUGUACUUUGAUAUCUGAUA